UAUCAGGAUGGAACCUCCUUUGUGGACAGCUCCCAAAGGUGCGUUGACCGCAGCUCUGCGCCCAUGAUCAUGGAAGAGUUCCAGGGCAUUCUCAGAAGAAUUGAAUAUUUACAAUGCCAGGACGAUGUAAAGGUAGAAAUGCCGGCCAAUCCAAACAAGGAUCAAAUAGCCAAGUUCCAAGAUGACUUCGACCGUUGUGCCAGCCAGUGCGUGGACAAACAUAUGGGCCCUAUACCCGGACUGAUCAAGACGAUGAAGGCUGUGCUUUCUAAGGGAUCGAAGGCGACUGCCCUUGAAGACUUUCAAGUCAAACAUUUGUUGCUUAUUGAUUUAAACAUCGAUGAAACAUCCCGCUAACGAACAUCGACAUUUCUGUUAGAAUUAAUCAAGAUAAUCGAUAAAUCGCAGCUGGGCUCGCACAUCGCUAGAAUUACAAAAAACACGCUGCCGGCAUUUAUUUUGAUAUUACGAAAUCAGUUUUUUGGCGUAAAAUUAUCAACAAUUAGGAACAUGAUCCAGGCCCAGCGUCAGCGAAUCGAGUCCGCCGUGACGGAAGCCAUCGAAGACAUGGA